AUGAGUAUGAGGCCUGAUGAUCAUCGUAGAAAGUGGGAUAAGGAUGAGUUUGAAAAGAUUGCUGCAGAAAGACUGCAAGCAGAGCUAGAGGAAGAGGAACAUUCAAAAAUAAAAGCUCCACCUGUUAAGCGAGAACUUCUUAAACAACGCGAAUACAAAGUUGAUUUGGAUUCUAAAUUAGGUAAAAGUGUGGUAAUCACAAAGAACACACCAACUUCACAGUCGGGGGGCUAUUACUGUAAUGUAUGUGAUUGUGUUGUUAAGGACUCCAUAAAUUUUCUUGAUCACAUCAAUGGAAAGAAACAUCAAAGGAAUCUUGGAAUGUCCAUGAAAAUUGAAAGAAGCUCUUUAGAUCAGGUCAAGGCAAGGUUUGCAAUGAACAAACGGAAGUUAGAGGAAAAAAAGAAGGAAUAUGAAUUAGACACCCGUCUGAAGGAAGCAGCUGAAGAAGAGGCACGACUGAAGGAGUUGAGGCGUGAACGUCGCCGUGAUAAGAAACGUAAGGUGCAGGAAGACGAUGACAAUGAAGAUGGCCCUGCUGAGUCUGAAUUGGCGCAGAUUAUGGGUUUCUCUGGAUUUGGUGCAACAAAAAAAUAA